AUGAGGUACGCGGACCUUCUCAUCGACUUGGCCGCUGUUGCGAAAGCCUCCAGAUCCGUUGCCUCGAGACAUCUUGAGCUGCGGGCCGGACAGCUGGAUCGAUAUGGCAGGACGUCGAGUAUAAUUCGCGCCUACAAGGGACGCAUCCCACCGCAGCAGGAUCCCGUUCAAGCCAGGCAUAAUGAAGCUUCCGCGACUAGCCAGUCCGAUGCAUCCGCGUCUCAGGCAUCCCGAUCCCGGCCUGAAGGCACUGAGGCCAAUUCCUCCGGCGUGGACGCAGUGUUAAUGUUCGGCAUCGAACCAAGCCUGCCCAAGGAGUACGAGAGAUAUCAGGGUUUGAGUCAAAGUGUUCGAGAGCCUGAGGUUGCGCGUCAGCCGUCCAACCCUGGCCUUGAAGGAGCUUUUUCCAAGAUAAAGCAAGGACAACCUCCUAUCCCAGUGGCCCAGGCGAAUGGCGAUGUUGCCCCCCGAGAUACAGGCACCUCGUCUCAGAGCACGACCACGACUUCUCCGGACGUCUCAGAUGCUCCAGACGAGGUACCACCCGGAAUUGAGACAGGCAUCUUCCAUACUACCCGCGGCUCUCAGCUCUUACAAGGGCAUAAUAACUAUGUUGGGAAGAUUAGACCUACUACACCACCCCCCAAACCCUCUUGGUUCAAAGACUUUGGUCAUGACACGGCUGAGACGAAAACUUCGCCUGUGCAGCCUGAAAUGUCACAGGCCAAAGCAGAUACCGUCAAACAAGAGCCUGCAACUCCCAGCCGCACCCAGUCUGCCCCAUCGACAUCCAUUGAGGACGCAGACACCGCCACACCAGCGGGGCCCCAAGUUGCAGAAAAGGAGCACACCGAAAUGGCCAAUAACGUGCUUGCACAAGCCGAAUCUGUAUUUGCACCCGAGCCUGAGUUAUCAAAUAUCCAACCAGCCGAAGAACCCUCUGCUCCAUCGUAUGUUCUGCGGGAAUCGAAAGUACCUUCAACUCGGUUUGGCAGGCUCUGGAACUACGGUGGAUUGGCAGCUGGCAUGCUUGGCGGAGCUAUCACCGAAGGCUUCAGCCGAGGUUUCGGGGGUGGCGGUGAAGGCUCGGUGAUGCUGAGUCCGGCAAACAUGGAGAGACUAGUUGCAAAGCUAUCUCGUAUGAGAGGUGCAGCUUUGAAGCUAGGUCAGAUGAUGUCCUUCCAAGAUUCCAAGAUGCUGCCCGCGCCACUCCAAGAAGUCCUGCAGCGCGUGCAAGACCGCGCGGACUACAUGCCUGCGUGGCAGCGUGAUCGUGUUUUGACUGCCAGUCUUGGCCCUGAGUGGCGCGAACUAUACUCGGAGUUUGAAGAGAAGCCCAUAGCGGCAGCCUCGAUCGGUCAGGUCCACCGUGCUACCCUGAAGGCGACUGGUGAGAAGGUCGCCGUCAAGAUUCAGUUUCCCGGCGUCGCAGAUUCGAUCAAUUCCGACCUGGACAACUUGUCUGUACUGUUAAUGGCAACCAAGAUGCUCCCCAAAGGACUAUACCUCAACAAGACAAUUGACAACGCCCGCACCGAGCUUGGCUGGGAGUGCGAUUACGAGCGCGAGGCCCAAUGCGGACAGCGUUACCGUGAGCUUUUGGCUGAAGAACCGGACGUCUUUGCUGUGCCCAAGAUAUACGCCGAAGCCUCUGGUAAGCAUGUCCUGACGAUGGAGUUCAUGGAUGGUGUAGGUGUGACUCGGGUCACAUCCUUCACACAGGAGCAGCGCGACUGGAUUGGGACGCAAAUCUUGCGGCUGUGCCUGCGCGAAAUCACCGAGUUCCGUUUCAUGCAGACGGACCCCAACUGGACCAAUUUCUUGUACAACGCCGCGACCAACAAACUCGAGCUGCUCGACUUUGGCGCGUCGCGUGAGUUCCCGGAGGAAUUUGUCACGCUCUACGUCAACCUGCUCGCCGCGGCAGCGCGGUCGGACCGUGCAGCCGUCAAGGACUUGAGCGAGAAGCUGGGCUACCUCACAGGCCAUGAGAGCAAGGUUAUGCUCGAUGCCCAUAUCGCGAGCGUAUUGACGUUGGCGGAACCAUUCCUGGGCAGUGCGCCGGACGUCUACGACUUCCAUGACCAGACCAUUACGGAGCGUGUCAAGGCGCUCAUCCCCGUCAUGAUCAGAGAGCGCCUGGCGCCACCGCCCGAGGAGACGUACAGUCUGCACCGGAAGCUCAGUGGCGCAUUCCUGCUGUGUGCGAAGCUGGGGAGCAAGGUCCGAUGUAAGGAGUUAUUUGAGGCGGCUCUGCAGAAGACAAACCUAGACGUUAAGAGGUAA